AUGAAGGCCGCAGCAGCCGCCGAGAAAUUAGAGGAGGAUGAGCGACAGAUUGCGGCUCUGACGAAAAGAGUGGUUGAAGGGAGAGUCACUCGUCUAUCGCAGUCGUCGUCCGCCGUCUCAAAUAUAGAUGUAGAGGCAGAAGAUUUACCGGCCUCCGAUCUUAAUCAAAGAUUGUCCGACGCGGUUGCAGCUAUAAAAAGAGUGAGCAGGGUCUCCAAGGGCCUUAGCGGUUGCAGCCAGAAAGCACUAAAAGAGGCCACGGCAUCAAUUCUGGAAAGUGCUCAGGUGCUAUUAACUCGCACCACAUCAGAAGAGACGGCGCUGCUGCGGGCCCAGAAUGCAAAGCUCGUAGCGCAAAUGGCGGAGCUCCGGAAGGAGCACGAUGAGCUCAAGGAAGAGAUGAAAAACUUUCGCCGCGAGCAGCUUAGGAAGGAAGUGGGCCUUCCGUCCACAGUACCGCUACCGCAGUCGCAGUCACAGCCGUCGAAGCAGCAGUCAUCUCAGGAGACGGAGUUACUUCGCCUGAUCCGUCAGGAGAUGGCAAGUUUUAACGCGCGCUUCUCAGUGCUUGAGGGGAGAAUUCUACGUCCCCCCAUAGCUGCAGACCAACACAGUAGACCAGCGACGAUAAAUAUGGAGGAAACCGUAGCAGCCCAAAAAUCGACGGUUCCAACUGCUACUUCGCAAAAGGAAACUGCGGGGCCUAAAUCCAAAAAGCAGUUAAAAAAAAGCGGCUAA